AUGCCUGCUCCACACGGUGGUGAAUUAAAAGAUUUGAUCGCUCGCGAUGCUUCCAUCAAGACUCAAUUGCAGAAAGAAGCUUCCGAGUCCUCAGUGAAAUGGGCUUUGACCGGCAGACAAAUCUGUGAUUUGGAGUUGAUCCAGAACGGUGGGUUUUCCCCUCUGUCCGGUUUCCUCAACCAAAAGGACUACGAAAGCGUAGUUCACAACUCAAGAUUGACCAAUGGGUUGGUCUGGACGAUGCCUAUCACCUUGGAUGUUGAUGAAAAAUUUGCUUCCCAGCUCAAGCCUCAGACUAGAGUUACUUUGUUGCAAGACAACGAGAUCCCAGUUGCCAUCUUAACCGUUACCGAUGUGUACAAGCCAGACAAGAAAGUCGAAGCGAAACAAGUGUUCAGAGGCGACCCCGAGCAUCCUGCUGUCAAGUACUUGGACACCAUCGCUGGUGAAUACUACGUUGGUGGUGAAAUUCAAGCCAUCCAAUAUCCUGUACACUACGACUACCCAGGUCUUCGUAAAACUCCAGCUCAGUUGAGAUUAGAAUUCGAAUCUAAGCAAUGGGACCGUAUUGUGGCUUUCCAAACUCGUAACCCAAUGCACAGAGCUCACAGAGAACUUACCGUGAGAGCUGCUAGAGAACAAAACGCAAAAGUAUUGAUUCACCCAGUUGUUGGUCUAACCAAGCCUGGUGACAUUGAUCAUCACACUCGUGUGCGCGUCUAUCAAGAGAUCAUUAAAAGAUACCCUAACGGUAUGGCUGAACUAUCGCUUCUACCUUUGGCCAUGCGUAUGGGUGGUGAUCGUGAAGCCGUGUGGCACGCGAUUAUCAGAAAGAACUAUGGUGCUACUCAUUUCAUUGUUGGUAGAGACCAUGCUGGACCUGGUAAGAACUCCGCAGGCGUUGAUUUCUACGGGGCCUACGAUGCUCAAGAACUAGUGGAAUCCUACAAGAACGAGCUUGAUAUUGAGGUGGUGCCUUUCAGAAUGGUGACUUACUUGCCCGAAGAAGACCGCUACGCUCCAAUUGAUCAGAUUGAUCUUUCAACAACCGCUACUCUAAACAUCAGUGGUACCGAGUUGAGGAAUCGUUUGAGAUCCGGCGGCCCAAUUCCAGAAUGGUUUUCUUACCCUGAGGUCGUCAAGAUUUUGAGAGAAUCCAACGCACCAAGACCAAAGCAGGGCUUCGCCAUUGUUCUGUCCAAUGCUUUGACUAACAACAAACAACUAGCAAUUGCUCUGCUGUCCACCUUCUUGCAAUUCGGUGGUGGCAGACACUACAAGGUUUUGGAGCACAACAACGACUCCAACGUUCUGGAACUGGUCCCAGACUUCAUCAGAAGUGGCACUGGUUUAAUCGCCACAGAGUAUGAAAAUGCUCAAUCCGAAACUAAUGUUUUCGUAGUUGGCGUAGAAGACGAUGCCGACAUUAAGCUCGGUAGCGUUGACGAAACUAUAUUGCAUGUUGUGCAAAAAGUGGUGUUGUUUUUGGAAGACAACGGAUUCUUUACAUUCUGA